GCAAUUACAAUUAAAAAUUCAACAAUGUGGUCGCCCGAAUCGGAAAUUAACUCCAUAGCCAUGGUCACCACAAUGCGCCACUCGCAGUCCGCGUCCUCAGGCAUUUCAUCGCUGUCCAGCUCGGGGGAUCCGGAACGCUUGCCGGAGCUGCCGCCGGGGGACGAGCAGCGACUGCAGCGGGCUGCGCUGCAUCUGCAGCAGAAGCUGAUCCUGCGCGAAUGGCUGCGGGAGCAUCGACUGCAGCAUCACUAUCAGCGACUGCUGGCCGUUGAGGUGGCCUCGCUGGAGGACGUCUACUGGCUGGAGGAUUCGCGGGCGAGCAAGAUUUUAGGCAAGGACUGGCAGCUGUGGUCGACGGCGCGCCAGAGCCUGCCCACAUCGAAGGCACAGCUGGACGCAUUGAAGGCGCAGCUGUGGUCGACGGUGGUCAAGUCGAGCCAGCACCAGGACGCCUGGACAUGGGGUGGCAUGCUGGUGGUCUCUGUCUCGGUUGCCGGUCUAGUCACGCUUGCCGCCAUGACGCAGCCCUCGCUGGCGCCCGAGGCGCGACACUCGCUGCUGCAGUACGUCACCGGCAAGUAUCUGCUGCCGGCCAACUGUAAGGUGCAGUGGGACUGGAAGGAUCCGGCUCCGGUGGGCGGCACCAUGUGCUUUGUGGUGCGCUUCUUCCAGCGCAACGGCCAGCCCUAUCCCAUCUGCGAUACGGAUCAGUUCUUUGUCGAAGUCACCGAGGGCACACGCAAGGUGGUCACAAUAAGCGAGCUCGCCUCCACGGAUCCCAACAAUGCCAACAUAGCCAAAGUGAAGUUUACAGUGCGCACCGCUGGCCAGUACAAGAUCUCGGUGCUCAUCGGCGCCAGCCACAUUGCCGGCUCGCCCUUUGUGCGCAACUUCCUGCCCGGCGCCAUCGAUGCGCGCCGCUCCCGCUUCAUUCGUCCCGCCAGCACGGUCAUCUGCUGUGCCGGCGCCCCCACGCUCAUGCACAUCGAACCGCGCGACGAGUUCGGCAAUGCCUGUCUCUUCGAGCAGUCCGACGAGGCGCUGCAGGGCUACCAGGUGGCCAUCUAUGAUCUGCACGGUGUGUCGCUCGAGAAGCUGCAGCAUGCCAUUAGCUUCAGCUACGAUCGCGUCAACUCGCGCGUGUCCGUGACCGCGCUCUUUCCCGAGCCCAUUUGCCUGCGCGCCGUCAUCAGCUACCAGGAGCAGCAGCUGCCCAACGGCGACUUUGACAUCAUUGUGCUGAGCAGCAGCGACACCACGUUGGUGCACAAGAACAUCGCUUCGAGGAAGCACAACAUUUGCUACGAAGCCAGGCUCUUGAGCAUCUAUGGGGCGGCCAAGAGCAAGCCGCGCAAGGUGCUCUGCUAUGUGGGGCCCAAGCAGAACUCAUUGAUAUUCCAGGUGACCAUCAAGGAGAUGAUACUCAAGUUUAUACCCAAGCGCAUUGCCACCUUUCGCUUGUGUCCGUCGACCAAGUUUCACUUUCUGCCGCAGCUGGUGACACAGCUGCAUGGCCCAGUGUUCGUCAUAGACGAUGGCGCCCAGCCGCGCAUUGAGCUGGCCUCCAAGGAUCGAAACAUCAUUGCCGCCACCUUUACGCACUUUCUGCUGAAGAACAUUGGCGGCUCGGAGACGUUCAAGGAUAAGCAGGACUUCUUUUAUCACGAGGUGCGCAAGUUCCAUGCCAGCUACUAUCACGAGAAAAUGGCGCUCAAAGUGCAGCGCGACAAGAUACUCGAAAGCAGCAUGAAGGCCACCAAGGGCUUCUCCGUCUCGGACUGGUGCGGCAACUUUGAGGUCACAUUCCAGGGUGAGCAGGGCAUCGACUGGGGUGGACUGCGUCGCGAAUGGUUCGAGCUUGUCUGCAGCGCACUCUUCGACACGCGCAGCAAUCUCUUCUGCACAUUCCAUGACAAGCAUCAGGCUCUGGUGCAUCCGAAUCCCAAUCGCCCCGCCCAGCUCAAGCUCAAGCACUUUGAGUUCGCUGGCAAAAUGGUGGGCAAGUGUCUCUUUGAAAGCGCUCUGGGCGGCAGCUAUCGCCAGCUGGUGCGCGCUCGCUUCAGUCGCUCCUUCCUGGCACAGCUCAUUGGACUACGCGUGCACUACAAGUACUUUGAGCAGGACGAUCCCGACUUGUAUCUGUCCAAGAUUAAGUACAUACUGGACACAGAUUUGGAUGCUACGGACACGCUGGAGUUGUUUUUUGUCGAGGAGCUUUACGAUGCCAGCGGUCAGCUGAGCAAGACCAUUGAGCUGAUACCGAAUGGUGCCAGGACACGCGUCACCAAUGCCACAAAGAAUCAAUAUUUGGAUGCUCUAGCGCAGCAGCGACUCUGCAAUAGCGUCAAGGAUGAGGUGGACAGUUUUCUCAAGGGUCUAAAUGCCAUAAUACCCGAUAAUUUACUCAGCAUUUUUGAUGAGAACGAACUGGAGCUGCUCAUGUGCGGCACUGGCGAGUACUCCAUCAGCGACUUUAAGGCGCAUCACAUUGCCAACGGCAACUCGUCCGAGUUUCGACGUGUGCUGGCCUGGUUCUGGGCCGGCGUCAGCAACUUUAGUCAAACCGAAAUGGCGCGUCUGCUGCAAUUUACCACGGGCUGUUCCCAGCUGCCACCCGGCGGCUUUCAGGAGCUCAACCCGCAGUUUCAAAUCACAGCAGCGCCCACUUUUGGUAAUCUGCCCACAGCGCACACCUGUUUCAAUCAGCUCUGCCUGCCCGACUACGAAAGCUAUGAGCAAUUCGAGAAGUCACUGCUGCUGGCCAUCAGCGAGGGCAGCGAGGGUUUCGGCAUGGUCUAAGCACAAGAUCUCAUAUUCAAACUAUAUAUAUAUAUUUAUAUAGAGAAGCGUAUAGCAUAUAAUGUAUUUUGUGUAGCGGCUACAAACUGUGUUCCUGCGCUUUAUAUAUGUGUCGAUAAAAAUUAAGUAAAUUAGACGAUAAGAGUGUGAGUAGUGUUCAAAUUCAAAAUGCAAAAACUUCUUAAUCAAAGCAUGUUGCAUUGCUUUAUUCCUUUUUCUAACUCUGUAUACAUUUGUUGGAUUAGAGUCUAGUCUGUGUGUAACCAAAAAGCAAACGCGAAACUACAACUUAAAGCAAUAUAUAUAACUAUAAUAUGUAUAUGUAUUAAUUAAGAACAUAUUAGUUUUUUAGCAACCAUUCGGAUAUUGCAAACCAAAAGUGAAAUUUAAAAUGAAAAUGAAAAUGAAUAUAUAUCAUCAUCAAAAAGUAUGUGAUAAUUGUAUUAUAAGCUGAAGCAAGUUAAUCGUAAAACGUAACUAUUUUUAAACUCGAAAAUAUAUCAAAAACCCGAAAGGAAACCAAAACCAAAGCUAACUAAAUAGUCGAACUUAAUUAACCGCUUGCUGUGCUGUGUAAAAACCUUGAAGCCAUUCAAUUCCACUUGAAAGCAUUCUGUAGUUUUUCGCAUCGAUUGUACUUGUACUUAAAUUUAAAUAGUUAUAGUAUUCCCCAUGGAUACAAAGUUCGCUCUCUCUUUGAAACCGCCAAGAUACAAACAAACAAAAUGAAACUAGUUCAACCUAAGGAUAUUGUUACAUACAUCUAAGUAGUGAAAACAAAAGAUUGCCGCUGAAAGUUACAUGUUAGUUGUUAGUUUAAAAAACCAAAUGUGUUAAAAGCAAAGAAAAUCAAAUUGAUUCAAUAACAAAACCAAACAUAUUAAAUUAGCGCUAGUAAUUGUAAUUGUAGCAAUUGUUGAAUUGAGUAAUCCAGAAUUGAAAGCAAAAAGAUCUCUCUAUUAUGUAAAUCAGAUGAUUUCAUCCAUCAGUUGAAAAUAAAAAGAAAACUAACACUAA